GGUAGGAGGCAGAGGCCCUGCCAGUCACUGGGGCCUGAGGAGGACAGAGUGUGGAACGGCCACAGGCCCCAGCACGGACCAGCCUCUGAAGUCACAUGGUCCUUUGAGGGCUUGGGAGACUCACACCCUGCACACAGAGCCCACCCACCUCCGGUGCCCAGCUUGACGCUGGACUUUAAUCCAGAUAGUAAGGACAAAGGCCGAGGAGGAGAGGGGGGAUGCUGUCCCCCCAUGGGGUCCUGUGGCUCUCUAAGCCCCAACUCCUUCUCAUCUCUGUCUGCAGAGCCUUGUUCAAACCCACAGAAAGAAAAACACCUUCUGGGGGCUGUUGUUUUAUCAACCAUGAGUGAGGCGCCGUGCUGUCCCACGGGAGCUGCCUUCCCACGGGAGCCAUGGAGCUGGGGCUCACUCCCAGGGUUAUUCGACUUAAGCAUUCUGGCUCUUUCCUAUCCUUUGCUGCCUCAAAAAGAGCCGGCCCUGCUCGGCUCUGCCCCAAACCCCAUGACCCGGCCCACGCACAUCCCUCUGGACUGGCCUCGUGGUCAGAGCCAGAAGUUCCUGGAACAAUGUUUGGGCUGCUGGGGGCCUGUGGGCUGCCUUCCACCUGAACCCUUGGCCUCUUCAAGACUGGUCGGGAGCCAGCAGGAGGCCAAGUCCCAGUGCUGGCUCCAGAUCCCUCCCACUUUGGACCUACAAGACCUUCAGCUCAGAGAGCAGUUCUGCACUCACCAUACCACACCCGUUCUAAGCCACAGCACGCAGCCGUCACAAGGCCAAGAUCCAGAGAAGUCAGGAAGAAUUCAACAGCUGGCACCAUUGUGAUACUGUUAAGGGAAGGAAGCUACACUCUCGCCCCUGACGUGGCAGCAUGGAGCUGGUCCAGGACACCUCCCGCCCGCCACUGGAGUACAUGAAGGGGAUCCCUCUCAUCAAGUACUUUGCAGAGGGACUGGGGCCGCUGCAGAGCUUCCAAGCCUGGCCCACUGACCUGCUCAUCAGCACCUACCCCAAAUCUGGCACCACCUGGGUAAGCGAGAUCCUGGACCUGAUCUACCAGGGUGGCGACCUGGAGAAGUGUCAAAGAGCCCCCAUCUUCGUCCGGGUGCCCUUCCUUGAGUUCAGGGUCCCUGGGGUUCCCACAGGUGCUGAGCUUCUGGAAGAUACACCAGCCCCACGGCUGAUCAAGACACACUUGCCCCUGGCUCUGCUUCCCCCAACCCUGCUGGAUCAGAAGGUCAAGGUGGUCUACGUUGCCCGCAAUGCAAAGGAUGUGGCCGUCUCCUAUUACCACUUCUACCGCAUGGCCAAGGUGCACCCUGACCCUGGCACCUGGGACAGCUUCCUGGAGAAGUUCAUGGCUGGGGAAGUGUCCUACGGGUCCUGGUACCAGCACGUGCAGGAGUGGUGGGAGCUGAGUCACACCCACCCUGUUCUCUACCUUUUCUAUGAGGACAUAAAGCAGCAAGCAAUCCAAACCUCCACUGAGGAGCCCUCUGCUGCUCCAGAACCCCAAAAGGGAGAUUCAGAAGAUCCUGGAGUUUGUGGGGCGCUCUCUGCCAGAGGAGACUGUGGAUCACAUCGUCCAGCACACGUCUUUCAAGGAGAUGAGGAAGAACCCCAUGACCAACUACAGCACCAUACCCAUCAAAGUCAUGGACCACAGCAUCUCUGCCUUCAUGAGGAAAGGCGUCACUGGGGACUGGAAAUCCACCUUCACUGUGGCCCAGAAUGAGCGCUUUGAAGCCGACUAUGCCGCGAAGAUGGCAGGCUGCAACCUCCACUUCCGCUGGGAGCUGAGUGGUGCUCAUCAGGAUGAGCGUGAAACAAGCCUCAACAAUAAAAUCUGAUGUGUGUUAAACAGAG